AUGGGGGGAGUGAAGAUCAAUGAUACCAAAGCAGAUUGGCUGCUUGCAAUUAACAUGCUUCCUUCCCUUCUGGAGUUAAGUUUAUAUUCAUGUGAGCUUGAACACCUUCCAUCUUCCCUUACUUUCCUUAAUUUCACCUCUCUUCAUGUCCUUGAUUUAUCAUACAACCCAUUUACCACCUCCAUACCUCAGUGGCUGUUUAAUCUUACAAGCCUCACAAAUCUUGAUUUGAGUUUUAGCAAUCAAGGAGGAGUAAUCCUUGAUUCAUUUGGGAGUCUUGUAAGCUUGAAAUACCUCUAUCUCGGUGGUAACCAUUUUUAUGGUUCAAUUCCAGCUUCUAUUGGCAAUUUGUCAUCCUUGAAGGAGUUGGACCUCUCAUAUAAUGAGAUGAAUGGAACCAUUCCAAAAAUUUUUGGGCAACUCUCAAAGCUAGUCAAGUUGUAUCUCUUAGAAAAUUCUUGGAAAGGUGUCAUAACAGAAGCUCAAUUGAUGAAUCUCACAAGACUAGAAGAGUUUGUACUAACAACUAAUAAUAAAAGUAAACCUCUAGUUUUCAAUGUGAAAUACGACUGGCGUCCUCCUUUCAAGCUCAAGAUUCUUCAUCUAGAAAGCUGUCUCAUUGGCCCUGAAUUUCCUAAAUGGCUUCAAGUUCAAAGUGAGCUUACCUAUGUCAUCCUAAAAAACGUUGAAAUCAAAGGCACUAUACCUGAGGAAUGGUUCUCUGUGAUAUCUUCUAACCUCACCCACUUGGAUCUAUCCAACAAUCAGAUAAAAGGGAACUUGCCACACCAAUUAGAAUUUCCAAAUGUGACAAAGCUAUUUCUGCAAAGCAAUUUGUUUUUAGGCCCUAUCCCAUCAAAUAUUAGUGAUCUAAUGCCAAGCUUGCAAUAUUUAGAUCUUUUAGAGAAUCUCCUCUAUGGUAAAAUUCCUCUGUCCAUAUCAAAAAUAAAACAUCUUAAUAUUCUUGUCCUUAGGAGAAAUAAUCUUUCAGGGGAGCUCCCUGAUCAUUGGAACAAGUCACAAAUGGACUUGCUUGUUGUGGAUAUUUCAUACAACAAUAUCCAUGGAAAAAUUCUGAGCUCGAUGGGUUUCUUAGGAAGCCUUUUUAUAUUAGUGUUGAGCGACAACAAUCUUAGUGGAGAAAUUCCUUCUUCCUUGCAAAGUUGUUCUAUUGAGAGCAUGGAUUUUGGUGGGAAUCGUCUCUCGGGGAAUCUUCCGUCAUGGAUUGAAUCAGACAUCUUCAUGCUACACCUACGAUCAAAUCUAUUCAGCGGAACCAUCCCUAAAAAAUGGUGCAAUCUUCAUAAACUUCGCAUCCUAGAUCUUGCACAAAAUAAUCUCUUUGGGGGCAUUCCAGAUUGUUUCAACAAUUUUAAUGCUAUGGUUGAUCACAACACCUUUGGGUACAAGACUAUUGAAAACUAUACAGAGAAAGCAUACAUAGUGACAAAAGGAAGAGAGUAUGAAUAUGAUCGCACUCUCCAAUUUGUUACUUGCAUUGAUCUAUCAGGGAAUGCUUUGACAGGAGGAAUUCCUAUUCAAAUAACAAGCCUCAACAGAUUGGGUAUGCUAAACUUGUCAAUGAAUCAUCUAAAUGGAAGCAUUCCCAAGAAUAUAGGAAACAUGCGGUGGUUGGAAACACUUGAUCUCUCAAAUAAUAGACUUUUUGGACCUAUUCCUGGAAGCAUGUCUUCUUUGACAUCCUUAGUACACUUGAACCUAUCUUUUAACAACUUGAUAGGAAGAAUCCCAUCUGGUAAUCAGCUCCAAACACUAAAUGAUGUAACCAUAUACAAGGGAAACCCUUUGUUGUGUGGGUCUCCUCUUCCGACCAAGUGCCCAGGAGAUGAAACAUCUGAUGGCCCAAGUAUUACCGGUGUUGAUGACAAACAAGGUGGAGAUGAUUAUGAAAGGAUAUGGUUCUAUAGUAGCAUCGGACUCGGGUUUGUUGUAGGAUUUUGGAGUGUUUGUGGCACCCUACUAUUGAAGAAGACAUGGAGGCACUGUUAUUUUCGUUUUUGA